AUGUGCCCCUCAGUUAUGAUGCUGCAUUGCUGUCGCUUACCGCGCCUUUUUUUUAAAUUGCCUUGUCUAUAUAAUUUCACAAACAACGUGAGACGCAAGUGCAGCUUAAGUAGCUGCAUCAGUGUUUUCAGGAUGCAUAUGUUUAGUAUUGGAGGAUUGCGAGGUUUGUCAAGCUGGACGCAUUUAAUGCGCAUGUUGCUCCUGAGGUCAGCUUUCACUGAAAUGCUUGCAUUCUUCUGGGAUGUGUAUGAAAGUCUCAUGGUGAGUGGCGCCGAAAGAAAAAGCGAGGAAGACGAAAAGGAACAACGUGUUGCGCCCAAAUAG